AUGGUCGAACAGACCAAAGGUCUAUGCAUUUUGGGCCUGUAUGACGCCGAACUCCUCUAUGUGUUCCAGGAGUGGUUCGAAGGAUGGACUGAACAGAUGUUCAGACGUGUCCAUCAUACAUAUCUUCGCGGGAUGAAGAAGGUUCUUCGGGAGGGUGGCAUUAACACCGGACCUAUCACUAGGCCGAUACCCCUCCAAUUUGUUGCCCUUCUUCAGCACGGGGAUCCAGAGGUAAUGCCGGAAUACAGCGACAACUACUUGCUGAAAACCGACAUCAACCCACGCUCUGAGGCGUAUCCAGUAAGCCUCAAACUCAAAAGAGGAGGUAGAGCGACCACCGUGGAGAAGGAAGAGCCCCAGGACUAUGGAAUCGAAGAUGGAACCCUUCGACGAGACCAUGAAGGAAUACCAGUGAAAGCUGAGAUUCCUCGGCGAACGCCGAUACCCCUCCGACCGCGUGAGACCACGUCUCCAACCGGACCUCACGACCCAUACGACACCCUCCCUCCAGGCCGAUAA